AUGGCUUCAGAGCGACGCAUCAAGUCUCUGAAAUUGAGGAUUCGUAGCCUAGAGACUUCUUUCAAUCUCAUCAAGGUUUUCGUCGACAACUACGACGAAGACACUCAAUCAGUGGAAGUCCCCGUGAGGCUAGAGAAUCUCGGUGUUCUCUGGACAGACUACUCCAAGACCCAAGCUGAGCUGGAAGCUUCCGAUGUCGACGACAUGGCAAUCGUCGAGCAGCAAUUCAAACAGCGAUCGCAGUUCGAGACAGAAUACUACAGAGUGAAGGGAUUCUUGCUGGCCGUAAAUAAACAUGCUUCGACUCCGUAUUCUCAUCCUGUUCAGUCCCAUGCGCACUUCCCUGCUUCCUCCCAGAUUCGGCUACCCGACGUAAAGCUCCCCGUGUUCAACGGGUCGUUAGAGCAAUGGUUAAACUUCCACGAUCUUUUCGUUUCUUUGGUGCACUCAUCAAGUGAUUUGUCUAACAUCCAAAAGUUUUAUUAUUUGAGAUCGUCGUUGAGUGGAGAUGCCCUUAAGUUAAUCCAAACUAUUGCAAUCAGUGCCAAUAACUAUCCCGUCGCCUGGAAUCUUCUCAUUGAGCAUUUUCAAAAUCCAUUACGCUUAAAACAAACUUAUGUUGACUCGUUGUUCGAAUUUUCGCAACUUAAGAAAGAAUCAGCUUCAGAUCUUCAUUCGUUGGUCGAAAGGUUUGAAGCUAACGUUCGAAUCCUAAAGCAGCUUGGAGAAAGAACUGAAUAUUGGGACAUUUUGCUCAUACGAAUGCUGAGUAUCCGCCUUGAUUCAACAACUCGUCGAGAUUGGGAAGAGUUUGCGUCUGCGAAAGAGUCAACUACAUUCCAAGAUCUGGUAGGAUUUCUUCAACGACGAGUUACGGUUCUGCAGUGCAUGAGCAAUGGCCAGCAAGAGCAUUCAGCAACGACUUCAGCGAAAAAAUCGACUUCUCGUCCUCCACUCGUUAGCCACGGAGCAACUCAGUUCAACUAUCGGCAGUGUUUCGCUUGCUCCGACCAUCACCCUCUGUAUCAGUGUCCAGUUUUCUCAAAAAUGACCUCCGAAGACAAAGAAAAACUUGUGCGCCGCCAACAGCUUUGCCGAAAUUGUCUACGGAAGGGUCAUGUGGUUCGAAACUGUUCGUCGAAGAACACCUGCCGGAAAUGCCGAGGACGACACCAUAGCCAGCUGUGCAGCGACGAUCGCACUCAUCAGGAGCGCCUCAACCAGCGAGUCGAAGCAAGCGCAACGACGGAGACCAAUGCGGCUUGCGAAGCAGCUUCACCAUCACUAUCAGCCGCGAUUCACAACCCAGGGACUGGUCGUCUUUCUAACAGAGUGAUUCUCGCAACAGCGGUGAUCACUUUAAUCGACGAUCACGGCCACUCACACGUAGCAAGGGCACUGCUGGACUCAGGAAGCGAGUGCAGCUUCAUUACUGAGUCAUUUUCUCAACGGCUUCGGAUUCAUCGGCAAAAGGUUCAUCUCUCAAUCUCCGGAAUUGGCCAAUCUUCCACACAUGCCCGUCUGAAGCUCCGCACCACAGUACGCUCACGCACCACCCGGUUUUCCACCAUCGUCGAAUUGCUUGUGCUUCCGAAACUCACCCUAAAUCUACCGUCGACAACCAUGGACGUUUCGAGCUGGAGUUUUCCGGAGGGAAUUCAACUAGCAGAUCCAGCUUUCUACCAGUCUAAUCCCAUCGACGUGGUUCUGGGCGCUGAAAUAUUCUUCGACGUCUUCAAACCAUCAGGCAGAAUAUCACUUGGGGAUGGGCUUCCGAUGCUGGUGAAUUCGGUCUUUGGCUGGGUGGUCUCUGGGAAGGUUAUGCAGUCCAAUCACCUUAAGACGAUUUCCUGCAACGUCGCUACAGUGGCGGACAUUCAACGAUUCAUGCAACGGUUUUGGGCGAUUGAGGAGGAAAGUGCCGUUCCUAGUCUCUCGGUAGAAGAAGCGGCGUGCGAGGAGCAUUUUCGUCGUACAGUUCAACGUGCGCCAGAUGGCCGAUAUAUUGUGCGAUUGCCGUUGAAGGAAGCGGCAGACAACAUAGGCGACAACUGCAACACUGCGCGACGUCGUUUUCACAUGAUCGAAUCUCGCCUUCAACGCAACAAGGAGCUGCAGAUUCAGUAUCGGGACUUCAUGGCAGAAUACGAAACCCUUGGCCACAUGCAUCGAGUGGCGGACACAGCUGGAUCCGAUUCUUCCCGGUACUACUUACCCCAUCAUCCUGUGAUUCGAGAAACGAGCUCCACAACCAAAGUCCGAGUUGUUUUCGACGCAUCGUGUAAAUCUGCAACCGGAAAAUCUCUGAACGAUGUGCUUAUGGUAGGCGCAGUAAUUCAAGACGAUCUGAGAGCCAUCAUAUUGAGGUCCAGGCUCCACCAGGUCAUGCUCAUCGCUGACAUUAAGCAGAUGUAUCGUCAAGUGCUGGUCGACGAUAGAGACACUCCACUGCAGCGGAUUUUUUGGCGGAAUUCCCCCGAGGAACCUCUACAGACCUUCGAGCUAAAAACGGUCACCUACGGCACGGCCAGCGCACCGUUUCUCGCUACCAGGGUACUUCAGCAGUUAGCCGAUGACGAAAACCAGAACUUUCCCCAAGCAGCCAAGAUUCUGAAGCGCGAUGUUUACGUCGACGAUCUGUUCACCGGAGGCAGCUCACCAGAGGAAGUAUCAGAACUACGAACUCAGCUUGAUCAUCUUUGCAGAAGGGGCGGACUUGAGUUCCGCAAAUUCGCCUCAAACGUAGAAUCGGUUCUCGACGGCGUUUCUCCCGAAAGGCGUGCCAUUCAAUCUUCGGUCGAGCUCGCAGCAGACCAGUGCAUCAAAACCCUGGGCCUACACUGGGAACCAACAGCCGACAACUUACGGUUCCACAUUCAACUCCCCAAGCAACCACCAGACACCCUCAUGACGAAACGAAUCGCCCUGUCACAAAUCGCACAACUUUUCGAUCCGUUAGGCCUGGUUGGACCAGUCAUCGUAACCGCUAAGAUAUUUAUGCAGACGCUGUGGAGCCUUACAUCCGAAGACGACAAACCUUGGGGCUGGGAUCAACCGCUACCAGAUUCUCUCGCCACUUACUGGAUCAAAUAUUACUCGCAGUUGCCUUUGCUUGAGCAACUCAGAAUCCCUCGAUGUGUUGUUUUGCCCGAUCCAUGUAACAUUCAGCUUCACCUCUUUUCGGACGCAUCGGAACAAGCAUAUGGCGCCUGUGCAUAUCUUCGAUCGACCGACGCUUCCGGGAAUGUUCUGGUAACCUUGUUGACAGCCAAAUCUAAAGUUUCACCGUUAAAAAGGCGCAGCAUUCCUCGACUCGAGCUCUGCGGAGCACUAGAAGCGGCUCAACUGUACCAAAAGGUCUGCUCCGCCUUCGGAUCGAGGUUUACGACAUUCUUCUGGGUCGACUCUACUACCGUUCUUGCCUGGCUUAAGUCUAGCCCAUCUGUUUGGACUACAUUUGUGGCUAACAGAGUGUCCAAAAUCCAGCUUGCUACAGUAGACACUUCCUGGAACCAUGUUGCUGGGCAACAGAACCCCGCAGACCACAUCUCUAGAGGCAUCGAGGCAGGAACAAUUCUUUCUUGCGACCUUUGGUGGAAAGGUCCUCAAUGGCUUCAAUUUGAACCAUCGUUCUGGCCUGUUAAUCAGCAUGAACAAUCGUUUGAGACGCAGCUUGAAGCUCGAUCUUCCCCGAUUAAAGUUCUGGCAACAACAGCAGACGCUUCCUUCGUUGAUCUUUUCGUCGAACGCUUUUCCUCCUUCCAACACAUGCUCCGUGUAGCGGCAUUCUGUUUAAGGAUCUCCGUGAACCGCAAACAACCGAAGCUCACCACCAUUCUUACACCGACCGAAAUCCAAAAUGCUGAAUUUUCCCUAAUACGAUUAGUCCAGCUCCAAGAAUUCGCCAGUGAAAUCAGCGCGCUUCGAGACUCGAAACCCAUCCACACCAAAUCACGGCUCCGAUGGUUCUCUCCGUUCCUCGAUCCUCACGGGGUAAUGCGUGUGGGAGGCAGGCUUGACAAAGCACCACUAACCUACGACAGCAAGCACCAGAUUCUGCUCCCAUAUCAUCAUCGUUUUUCGGUGUUACUCGUCCAAUGCUACCACGAACGAAAUCUGCAUGCUUCACCGCAACUACUGGUCGGACUUCUUCGCCUAAGAUACUGGAUCAUAGGGGCCAGGAAUCUGGCCAAAACCAUCGUACAUCGCUGCACCAUUUGCUUCCGAGCUCGCCCUAAAUUGGUUGAACAAUUUAUGGCUGAGCUGCCCAAGGAACGGAUCACAGCCACUCGUCCAUUCACGCCAGACUAUUCGCGCAAGGUUGACCAGGAGUGCUCAGUCUGUAACAUCAAAUGGCACUUCAAUCCGCCCAGAGCAUCCCAUUUCGGUGGACUAUGGGAAUCUGCAAUUCAUUCUGCCCAGAAACAUUUCAUCCGUAUUGUCCGGGACCGUCCACUUUUCUACGACGACAUGCAGACUCUCCUGUGUCAAAUUGAAAGUUGCCUCAACUCUCGUCCUCUUGUUCCCCUGAGCGACGAUCCAACGGAUUAUGAGCCAUUGACACCCGGACACUUUCUUGUUGGCUCUGCAUUAAAGGCUGUUCCAGAUGACGAGCUCAGUGAGAUUCCGUUCAACUGCUUGAAAAAUUGGCAACAAAUCCAAAAACUGCUUCAGGAUCUCUGGCGAAGGUGGCAUCUAGAAUACAUAAAUACAUUACAACCAAGAAGCAAAUGGGUGCACUCACCUGUGUCCAUCAAGGAAAACCAGCUCGUCCUGUUGAAGGAAGAUAACACUCCACCGAUGCAUUGGCCGACGGCAAGAAUAAUCCAGACCCAUCCUGGCAGCGACGGAGUAGUCAGAGUGGUCACUCUGAGAACAGCGAAAGGAUCCUGCACACGACCGGUGUCUAAAAUCUGCCUGCUGCCGAUUGCACCAUCGUUGGAGGAAUCAAUUGCACCAUCCAGCGCUGAGCAAUCAACACCAGACGAGAUUCGUGUUUGA